UUUCGUUGAGCUCGUUGGGCUUGUGAAGCCCCAAACGAAUUAACCCUCGUGCUCCCUGCCGUUUUCCCUGCUUUUCCUUUUUCUGUUCUUCUUCCUCCCUUCAUCCUCCUCUCUUCUACCUUGCUGUCACUCAGCCAUUGUCAAAGCCAGGAGACAGGAGAGGAGCGAUGGCCAAAGACGAAGAGGAAUUCAGAGGAGGGGUGGAAGAACGAUCGAUCAACGAGGAAUCAUCCUCCUCUAUGGAUCAUCACCAAAACCCUAACCACCAUUYUAACAACUCUAACCCUAACCCUAUGCAGUCAUGGUGGGAAGCCAUCUCCAAAGCCCGAUCACGCAUUCACGUCCUUUCCUCAGUCCUCCCUUCAUUCCCUUCCCUCUCUUCCCUCGCUGAUUCCGACCGCCCCGCUCGCUCCCUCCUCGAGUCCCCCGACGCCUACCUCGCCCUUUCUUCCUCCCUCUCUGACCCUCUCUCCGGCUCCGGCGACGAUCCGCUCUGCCAAUGGCUCUACGAAACUUUCCAAUCCUCUGACCCUGAUCUCCGUCUGGUCGUCUUCUCCUUCGUACCCCUUCUCUCUGGUCUUUAUCUCUCUCGCGUCGUCUCCUCCUCCCCGCCCGAGAGCCCCACAACCCCUUCUCUCGCCGGAUUCGAAGCCGUUCUCCUUUCACUUUACGCCUCCGAGACUAAGGCCCGCGCCGGGAAACCUAUCUUGAUUUCAAUUCCCGAUCUGUCGCAACCAUCUCUGUACCAUGCCCCUCGUAAUAAGCCGUCUCCUGGUGCCGCUGCUACCACCAGUCAAUCGCAGCCACCCGUCGGGGUUCUGUGUCCCCCACUCGAGCCUCAAGUUGCCGUGAAGUCGACUAAACGGGCUUACAUUGUUGCUGUCGCGCUUGAUUGCUAUUAUAGGCAAAUCUCCCAGAUGCCGAACUGGUCCAAGCUUGACUUCUGUCAAUUCGUCGCUGCUUGGGCGGGGCAGAAUUGUCCUUGCAAGAGUGAAUUUGACGAUGACGGAGAUGCCAAUGGUGCGACGGGUGAAAACUUUUCAGAGCUCAGGGUUUAUGAAGAUGAGGAUGAUGGGAUUCAGGCUGCUGAGGAAGGGAUAAGCAGAUUGAAGGUUGCAGAAGAUUAUAAUGAAAAUGGUGUUUGUUCAAGAGGUUCAAGAAUUCCACUCCCUUGGGAGCUGUUGCAGCCGGUGUUGAGAAUUCUUGGGCAUUGCCUCUUGGCGCCUCUGAAUUCACAGGAUGUUAGGGAUGCAGCCUCGGUUGCAGUGAGGUGUUUAUAUGCUAGGUCUUCGCAUGAUCUUGUUCCACAGGCAAUUUUAGCAACAAGGAGUUUGAUCCAGCUCGACAAGAGAGCACGCCUUGCGGCAAAGACAGCGGCUGCUGCCAGUGCAGCUUCAAAUGCUAAUACACCCAGCAAAACGAAGAAACCAGAGGUCUUUCUUGUAUCAAAAUGAUUGGCUGAGUGGAAUUUCCUCGGAUGUUGUGUAUUCAGUCGGCAACUCCUCAGAAACAUUGAGAUGAUUGUUAGGAAGUACAAAGCAUGUGCUAGGAGGGCCUUGCACUUUUAAAACAGAGUAAACUGAUGAGAUAGAAAACAAAGCCAUGAGAAAAUACUGCAAGCAACCAGUGGUAUCCGCUAUUUUGGCCACUGAUAUUGAAAACUACUUUUUGGUUUCAGGUCUGAGAUUGUGAAAGUAAGGAUGAAAGAAAACUAAUUGAAAUGGGUUUAUAGAGUUACUGAAGCUGGACUUGAGGGAAUUUUGGGAAUAUGGUUGGCAAUAAAGAAGUGAUUAGGAUUUUGUUUGACUGCUUA